ACAGGUCGAGCACAUCGAUCGACAAGCUAAUUCCCCCAAGAAACCAAAGAAACCAUCCACCAAGCAAGAUGCGGUCACAGACAUGGACAUUUGCCUUGGCCUUCCUUUUGGUGGCGGCUGGUGAGGCUAAGCCUUCGCAUCAUCACUUUAAUCACCACUUCAAUCACUUCGAUGGACACCAUUUGGAGGCACUCCAUGCCCUGCCACAUCACUUGGAUUACGCAGUGCAGGAAGCCGUUCUACCAGCUCCAGCUCCAGCGCCUGUGCUUCCUGCAGUGGCUCCACCUCCAGCCUUUGCCCCUAGUCCUGUUUAUGCUCCAGCUCCACUUUUGCCAGCCCCGGCUCCUCUUUUACCUGCCCCAGCUCCUCUGUUACCUGCUCCAGCUCCCCUGUUACCUGCUCCAGCUCCAGUAUUUCCUGCACCUGCAUGUCUGCCCGCUGCUGCACCACUUCUGCCGGAAUUCCACCUGCCCACCGUCCACCACCAUGUGCUGCCGCCUGUCGUGGAAGCAGUUCCCUUUGCACCCAGUUAUCGGGCCAUUCCCGGACCCAAGACAACGACCCACAAGGUGUCCAUUGGCUACGCCUUUCCCAAGUUGCUGGCCAAGCCGCAUGUCCACUUGAAGGCCCUGCCCCUGAAGUGGGCCCAUCACAAGGACUGGUCCUUGUUCUAG